GGCGGGUGUCCCGAUCCCACACGGGCAGCAGAGCAGCCCUGCCUCUGGUGAGGGCCCAAGCCGCGGAACCCGGCUUUCAGCUGCUGUAUAUUGACUGCUGAUCAUGGCUUUCAGAAAUGUGAACAGAAGACGUCACAUUGGACUUCAGCAGCUUUCAUCUUUAGCAUCAAUAGGAAGAACACUUUUAGGGCCAGUAAAAUCAUAUAAAUUUAUUGUAGAUGAAAGCACCAAUGAGAGUGUUUUGACUUGUUCUGCAGUUAGACUUCUUGAAAGUUUGGAUUUAACUAGUGCAGUGGGACAGCUUCUUAAUGAAACAAUUCAGGCACAGAACAAAGAAUAUAAAACUGGAAUGACUACCCAGUUAUUUCUCAUUGGUGUAUGGAGCAGUGCUGUACUUGAAUGCCUUCAGCAGAAUGUUCCUUUUUCACUAAUAGUAUCUGUGAUGUCUGAAGGAUUGAACUCUUGCAGUGAAAAAGUCCAGUGUCUUCAGCUCUCAGUACAUGAUUUAUAUAAAGGGCCUGAUUCUGUUCCCAUUCACUUCAGUUCUAGCAGUUUGGGGCCCCAAAUUAUUGAAAAUAAAACUCCUGGUAUUGGAGCUAACAGUUUUUUAAAUCCUUUUGUGCAUAUUCUUAAAGAGGUUCCUGUAUCUAAAGAAGAAAGUGUUCCAGAAGGCCUUCAUUCUCAUCAAGCAAGCCCUUGCGAUCUUCAUAACAGAUGUUUGAAUUCACACCUAUGCCCUACAGACUAUAUAACACCCUCAUUGGUUGAACUAGUGGGCAAUAAAACUAUGCCUGCAGUUCCUGGAAGCAGUUUGAUUGCAUCCAGCUAUACCAAAAGAACAAGAUUAACUCAUAGUAGAUACUUUAACACUCCAGGAAAAAAACAUUGUUCACUCCAAGUAGACAGUUUUGGGGGUCCUCCCACUGGGCCUGUAGCAUGUCCUUAUGAAUUUAAUGAUUUUGAACAAUUGGCAAUGGCUCUUAGCCAUGGGAAUCAGUCUAGCAUGAAAUUGGUACAGGAUAUUGUCAGAUGCCAGCAACAAGUAGCUGAUCACACAGGUUCUUCUCAAUUUAAUAUUGCAGAAGUUGUGACAUGCUGUUUACCAGGAUUGUCUGAACAUUAUUCUUGUGUGUGUCCAGGGUAUAUCACUUUAGUAUCACCAGAGAAAGCCACUGUUACCAAGCAACUUCAGGAUAGACCGCUUCAGAUUCUUCUUGUAGAUGGUGAUCUAACGGAAAAGUAUCGUCACUUGGGAUUUAAUAGACCAUCAAAUGUCAGAACAAUAUCGGAAAAUGUAGGUUUACAAGAAAGUAGCUCAGAAAGUUUAUGGAUAAAUUGUGUGUUAGAUAUUUUAAUACAAGCAAAAGUAAAUUUAGUUUUGGUAAAAGGAAAUGUGUGUGAAAGUUUAAUGGAAAGAUGCAUCCUGAAUAACAUAUUGAUAAUCAAUCCAGUAACUCUCAAUGUGCUACAUGCUUUUGGGAAGGGCACAGGAGUGCAGCUGGUGACAUACCUUUCCCAGGUAAAUAGUCAUUGUAUGGGUAGCAGUGUCUGGGUGGAUUUCUGGAGAACUGGUGACUUGAGCACAAUGGAAUUGGAUAACAAAGUGCCAAUCAGGAUAAAAGCUGAAGGAAUUCAUCUGGUAACAGCUGUGCUUAGUAGCACAGUAACUUCAAAGAUGCAAGUCACUGAAGAUCAGUUCUGGACUUGUGCUUAUCGCCUGCAUCAUGCUCUAACUGACCAGAAAGUUUUUCCUGGAGGUGGUGCUGUUGAACUUUUGUGCCUCAGUCAUCUUAAGACGCUUGAAGAACAAUCAUUAAAGCAACCAGAUAAAAAACCUUCAGGGGAUUUUUACAUGUCAUCUUGUUGGCUGACAAAAUCAUUGACACAGUAUAAACCAGUUGUGCUUAAAGCUCUGGCAAGUGGUUGGCAUCAGUACCUUUCAAGAGUCAUGUGUAACACUGCUCAUUAUGCAUCAGAGUUUGAAGCAAGCACUUCCAUUGAGCAUCAUCUCAAAAAAGCAGCAGACUGUGGUUCUCCUUCAGCAUAUAUUCUGAAAGAGUUCAAUAAGGGAGAUAAGGUCAUGGGGGAGUUUGGUCUUUCAGCUAAACCCCAGGAGGCUGUAAAGAUAUAUGACAAUGUUACACCCAAGGUGGAGGCAUGGCGCAGAGCUCUAGACUUGGUGCUAUUAGUGCUUCAAACAGAUGCUGAAAUUAUCACAGGUCCUAAUAGAAAUCAGUUAUUAAAUUCACAUGUAUCCAGUGAGUUCAUAUUUUUAUAGGACGUGGUAGGCUUUAUUUAGGACUCUAACUCAGUGGGUGGAAAAUUUGCAGGUACACAGUGUUUGUGCAGCUAUAAAGCAAACUUUUUAGGGGUUAUGCCAAUGAUAUUUACAAAUAAAAUUCAGCACAUGGAUGUAGAGACAAAUUAGAUAAUGCUGUAGCUUUUACUUUCUAGAAAUGGAGUUUGCAUCUUGGUGUCCAUCCAAUCUACACUGUGACAAGGUCAAACUGAUGCAUGAGAGAAGUAUGAAGCUGCUAGGUGGAGAUACUAAUGGAAAUGAGCUCAAUGUCUCUAAGCAACAAUAUUGCCUGUUGUUUCCCAUGCUCUCUCUAUUAACUCUCCUCCCCACUUCUUAUGCUACGUUGCAUAGGAAGCAGAAAAUAUAGCUCCAGACUCUUCAGGUGGAGAGAAAAGACUGAAAUUUGGUCUGGGUUUCUGGCAUGUUUGUGCUUUGCAAAACAGUGGCGAGGGGGCAGCUGAGGGCUUCAUCUACAGAUUUCCCUUUACUACAAAGUCAGUUCUUGCCCUUAUUCACCUGCUACAGCAGAGGAGUAACACCCUUCUGUCUCAACUGCUGUUUUUGUGGGUGUUCUGUGAUUUUUAAGGGGGCUUUGCUUUGUCUGUCUACCCUCGUUUCUUAUUUCUAGUGGAUUUUUUCAUAUAAGAAACUUCAGGUCUUGUCUACCCUGUUCCUGGAAGAGCUUAGAUGACUCAAAUACUAGUGAGAUUGACAUCACAAGUAACAAAUGUUUUUUAAUUGCCCCCCCCCUUUUUUUUGGUGACCACCAUUUCCCCAAAUGCCUGAUGCUGUUGAGAGGGACGAUUCAACACUUCACCCCUUUAGCUAAGGGUUGAGAAAGCUCCUUCUCUGUUUCUCUGGACUUCUAUGAAGAGCUCAACCAAAAACAGGGAAGAGAAGUCUUUAUGCAAAAAGUACAAUGAGGAAAACCCUACAUCUUGUGCCUUCUGCGUGGAUGAGGAAAUGGGCACUUUCUUUGCAGGUCCUAUUCUAAGUGCUUCAGAGACUAGCUAUUGUCAGUUGAGGGGAAAUUGCUCUGUGUUUGGAAGUCUGAGAAGGUGAGAAGUAUUAAGCAUACUUCACUGAAUAUUAUUCCAAGUAGUGAAUACCCAGGAUCAGCUCCUCAGCUGGCCUGAAUCAAUGUUGUGAUGUUAACUUCAGUAGGUUCAUGCCAGCAGAGGAUCAGGCAACAAACUUGCCACCAACAAGUGCUCAGGUGACCAUAUAAGACAUUACGCAGUUAUGUCAGAGGGGUAACUACUCUCUUGGAAGAGGGAGCUUCCCUAUGCCUCUAUUUAGAGAGGGUGCUGAGAGGUCCUCCUAGAAGAAAUAGCAGUCAUGGUGGUAUCUAUAGACAUAGUAGAUAUGUUAAAAGUGGAAUCACAAGUAUUACUAGUUAAGAUUGAGGUGCACUGGAAAGAGUUGACUGAGAAAGCUUGAACUGUGCCUGGCUCAAGCCAUUGCCAUUACCUUCCUUUUCCUAAGUGUUACUUUUCUUACAAAUUUAAGUGAAUUUUAAGAACAUUUGUCUCCUGUGAGAAGGGAGACUAGCUUUCAUAUUAUAUAAUAUUACUCCCCAAAAGGUUAUAUUUCCAACUUUUAUUAAACAGAAACCUGCCUAGGGGCUAUAUUAUAGUCUUGGGCAUGACAAUUUACCUCUGUGCCUCAUUUUCUAUAUUUUAAAAGGGGGAUGAUCAUAUAGACCAGUGGUGGGCAA